AUGUCCAAUCCAUCGCCGCCCGCUGUAGUCUCAGGGAACAAUGCUGGCAACGAUGAUUCUGCCUCGUCUAUUACGGUGAACACCACCACCACCACCACCGCUGCUCCCGCGACUUUCCCUCCGCCCAAAACCGACAAGCCUCGUCCUCACGUCUGUGCUACUUGUCAGCGCUCAUUUGCCCGACUGGAACAUCUGAAACGUCAUGAGCGUUCCCACACCAAAGAAAAGCCAUUUGAGUGUCCCGAGUGCACACGAUGCUUUGCCCGACGAGAUCUGCUCCUGCGACACCAGCAGAAACUCCACCAGACCACGACACCCUCGUCGCGGCCACGGAACCGUCGCGAGAGCACCAGCAGUACUGCUACCGCUCAGAGUCGGGCUCGGAAAAAUAGUGUUGCCAGUGCAAACGCUUCCGCAGCUGCAGCAAACGCCUCGAUGAGGCCUCGCGCAAACACCAUUAGCCAUGUGGACGGGAACCAUAUGCAAAUGAUUGCUGCCGCGAAUGCUCAAGUCGCGAGGAGUCAACACCAUAUCCCGCCGACUCACAGUCGCCACCAGAGCCUCGUGGGAUUGCCACUACACAAUGUGGACCAUGGUUUUGCCGGUAUGUCCUCGGUGAUGGGUCAUCGGGGCAUGAGCCAUGGGUUACCGAAGCUGGAGACUCAUAGCAUUAAUAACAUGGACUUUAAUGCUGGCCUACGUACAGCUCCUCCUCUACCCUUCCAACCCGAUUAUGAGUUUGAGAAUCUGCUGUUUGGUCAACCAGGUUCAACUAUCAACCCGAACGCGCUCCACUAUACCGAGUCUCCCCACUCAAUGUCCCUCGACCCCACGUCUCCUUUUGGUAACGGGAUGACGGACAUGUCUACUCCUAGCCAGCAUAUCGAUGAUAGCUUUGACUGGUUAACAGGAUUCGAGCAUCAGAUGUCAUUCAACAACCCCGGCGAGAAUGCUGUCGACGGUUCGUCACCGUCCGCGAUGAGCACCACUAGUCAAAGUGGUAUUAGUGAUGUGAUGCUUGAUGGUUCCAACCCAACAGCUGUGACGACGGCAUCUAGUUCCAUGUGGCAGCCGGCUUUAAUGGGCCCUCCUCAGGUGACGACGCCCUUUUCCAUGGAGAUGAGCGGCACGGUCUUUCCGGAUCUAUUGAACGGCGCACCUGUUUCUCCCCAGUCGUCAUCUCAGAAGAAUAUGAGUGACAUUUAUUUCUCAACUCCACCUCCAUCAAUGAGUUCACUUAGUCCUUCUAUGAUGCCCGGCUUGACCGCGCACGGAUUGAACCAAUCCCUCGGUUUCGGUCCUGGUCCGGAGACACCAACCUCUCUUGGUGGUAGCCAUCAGUCACACUCACCUGUUUCAACUAUUACUGAAGCUACGCGGAACGCGCUCAUCAGCGCGUUGUCCCAAUGUGGGCCGUACAGCGGACGUAAAUAUUCCUUCACAUCCCCAAACUCCCCUAUGUCGCCUCAAUUCCCGAAUACCCCCGAUAACGCAUCUGACAAUGUGAAAAACCUACCAAGCACUCAAGAUCUACAGAGAUAUGUUGCUGCAUAUUUCCGUUAUUUCCAUCCCCAUCUCCCAUUUCUACAUUUACCCACUCUCUCAUUUGACACACCAUCUAGUUCAAACGGUGGACGCUCUAAUACAGUUGGUGGAAGCGGUUGUCUCAUUUUAUCUAUGGCUGCUAUUGGUGCUCUUCAUGAAAUGGAGCGCGCUCAAUCAAGGGAGUUGUUCGAAAUGGCCAAGAAAAUGAUACAGCUAUACCUAGAAGAACGAAGAAAAGCCGAUAUGCGAAAGGCUGAUUUCCGCCGAACUCCCUCAUCCGACCAGGGAUCCCAAGGACCGGAGUCGUCGAUCCACACACCACUAUGGUUAGUGCAAGCAAUGCUGCUCAACGUCGUAUAUGGACACAAUUGCGGUGACAAGAUUGCGAGUGAUAUCGCCUCAACUCACUCCGCGGCCCUAGUUAGUCUUGCUCAAGCUGCUGGCCUACUUCGACCCGUGAAAAUGGACUCGGCAGAAAUUCGGGAAAUCCAAAUCAAUGACGCCGAGGGUAAUUGGAACGGUGGCAUUAAGGCAGAUUCUGAGGAACAGGCCGAAUGGCUAAGGUGGAAAACCAUGGAGGAACGAAAACGCACUCUUUACGUUAUCUUCAUUCUUUCGAGUAUCCUAGUGACGGCUUACAACCAUACCCCGGCAUUGACUAACUCCGAAAUUGUUCUGGAUCUUCCUUGUGAUGAAGAGUUCUUCGCAGCUGAGAGUGCUGCCUCCUUCCAAUUGAAAGGCGGUGUGCGGGCUGCCGGGCACAACCGAACUACGUUCCACGAGGCUUUAGGCGAGUUGCUUCGUACCAACGAGAAGCAGCAGAAAUUGGCAUUUAGCAAUGGGCAGCAGCAAAUGGGCUCGGCGAUUCAAAUGAACGAUAUCCCACCAAGUGAAUUGAAGCCAAGUACCCUUGGCUGCUUAGUUUUGAUCAACGCUCUUCACAACUACAUUUGGGAAACUCGUCAGCGUCACCAUAACAAGAUGUGGACAAAUGAAGAGACGGAAAAAAUGCACCGUCACAUCGAGCCAGCAUUAAAAGCAUGGCAAUCGGCUUGGGCUAGUAACCCACACCACAGCUUAGAGCGCCCAAAUCCGUUUGGCAUGGGACCUCUUUCAGCCGACGCAAUUCCUUUACUCGACCUAGCUUAUAUCCGAUUAUUUGUUAACAUGUCCCGAACCAAAGAGAAGUUUUGGCAACGAGACUGGGACGGCCUGGCAGACGAACUCUCCCGUGGUACCGAGAUCGUUCAACACGCAGAGCAUUCUCCAUCGUCGAACGCGGAAUCAAUGACAGAUCCAUCGGAUGCUUCUGCCGCAAGCUCAGUCUUCGUCGACUCACCACCAACGCAAUCUUCGUCUCCCGAAUUUUCCGCAGUCAAAUUUCCCCCGCCCCCUCUUUCGCAGUCCCAGCUACAGGGUACUAACAGCCGGGCGAUAACUCGCCGGGAAAAACACCUUCGCAAGGCUGCUUUCUAUGCUGCUGACUCUCUUUCCAUGUCUGAUAAGCUCGGCGUUACGUUUGCUGAAUUUACCGGCCGAGAACUACCUGUACAAUCUGCAAUGUGCUCUUUUGAUUGCGCGCAGGUUCUCGCCGAAUGGAUCGCCACGCUACAAGACCGAGUCGGUAGAUAUCUCGGCGUCCUUGGCAAGGAUGAGGUUGAUAUGAGUGGAGUUCCGGCCAUUAUGCUACUCGAAGAUGAGGACGUCAAGCUUAUCCAUAAGAUCCAGGAGCUUCUUUCAACUGCCGAGAUGAAGAUGAAUAUGGAUAUUGUUAGUGGCAGUGUCAAUGGUGGUAUCGAUUCUCGCCUUCAAAUGGAUAGCCACGGUGGAUAUGCGACUAAAAUCCUGAGAGUCACGGCGUACAUGCUUGACAAGUCCGCCGUAUGGCCAGUGCACAACUUAAUGGCGCGUUGCCUCGAGAGCCAUGCGAACUUCAUGGCGUCGCGUGCCGACAAGUCAGUUGUGGCCAGUGAGUAA